AUGGACGAGUCUUACAGGAGAGGAGCCAAGACGGGACGAGUCUUACAGGAGAGGAGCCAAGACGGACCAGUCUUACAGGAGAGGAGCCAAGACGGGACGAGUCUUAUGUGGAGUCUUACAGGAGAGCAGCCAAGACGGACGAGUCUUACAGGAGAGGAGCCAAGAUGGACGAGUCUUAUGUGGAGUCUUACAGGAGAGCAGCCAAGACGGACGAGUCUUACAGGAGAGGAGCCAAGACGGACGAGUCUUACAGGAGAGGAGCCAAGACGGACGAGUCUUACAGGAGAGGAGCCAAGACGGACGAGUCUUACAGGAGAGGAGCCAAGACGGACGAGUCUUACAGGAGAGGAGCCAAGACGGACCAGUCUUACAGGAGAGGAGCCAAGACGGACGAGUCUUACAGGAGAGGAGCCAAGACGGGACGAGUCUUACAGGAGAGGAGCCAAGAUGGACGAGUCUUAUGUGGAGUCUUACAGGAGAGCAGCCAAGACGGACGAGUCUUACAGGAGAGGAGCCGAGACGGACGAGUCUUACAGGAGAGCAGCCAAGACGGACGAGUCUUACAGGAGAGGAGCCGAGACGGACGAGUCUUACAGGAGUGGAGCCGAGACGGAAGAGUCUUACAGGAGAGCAGCCAAGACGGACCAGUCUUACAGGAGUGGAGCCAAGACGGACGAGUCUUGUGUGAAGUCUUACAGGAGAGGAGCCAAGAUGGACGAGUCUUGUGUGAAGUCUUACAAGAGAGGAGCCAAGACGGACGAGUCUAGUGUGGAGUCUCUCACAGUGAGACUACAGCUCCCUGCUCGAGAUUUAGCGUGA